UCGGUCGCUAACUUAGCGAACAAACUAUUUACCCGCAGAUGGAAGUCUCCGGGCAAAGUUACCCGCCGACUUAAACGCGAGAUAAACGCCAACUUACCCGCAAACCACUUACACGCGACUUACCCGCGUGUGGAAGUCUCCAGCCUUUUUUUAACAACGGAAUGAUAAAGCUGCUUUUCUAGCGUGACCACCUUAAGAUGGAGUUGUUUUUAAACAGAGUGGGAUGAUAAAGCUGCUGUCAGUGUCUCUGCGUGGUGUUUGUCCACGUAUGAUGUCGGGGUGUUUAUUGGUGUGCGAUGCGGCGCCCCCCGAAGAAGUAUCGCCCCUUCUGCGUCACGCACUCGGGCCCAUCAGAAGAAGGCGACCAGAGUCGACACGGGUGGUCCGCUGUCACAGUCACACGUCGUAUUUAUGCCUGUGUGUCUAUUAUUUAUGGACGACGUUUGAGCGGCUGGGUGGACACUGGAUAGCCCUCAGUAGUCGAACAGAGGGUGGCGGGCGCAGGAAGGGCGUGAUUGUGUUACGGCAUUUCUGAAACUGAGGACCCCGCCCUUCACUUCACCCGACUUUGUGAGACACUGGCGACAGUCUCAGAAAUUCAUCCGGACUUCAAUUGACACAACUAAGGGUCGCGGCCGCCGCCGGACAAGAUGGCGCUCUCGGAGAUGUUCGCAGAUAUCUCCCGCUUCAUCAAGGGAAAAGGUCCAGACGGUAUCCGCAUCGACAACCAUCUCUUUCAGCUGCACUACCGGCUAACGACGUUCAUAUUUUUCGCAUCGUCGACGCUGCUGUGCGCCAGCUCCCUGUUUGGUAACCCUGUGACGUGCCACCACGCCGACCCGGACCGCAUCUCAAAUGACGUCAUCAAUACCUACUGCUGGGUAACGUCGACAUACACGCUGCCGCACCUGUUGACCGCCUCUGAUCGGUACCCGACCAGUCACAUCGCCUACCACGGCGUGGGAGCGCACGCGGCGUCUGACGAGCGCCGCUACCACGGCUACUACCAGUGGGUGGCCUUUGUGCUCUUCCUGCAGGGCGUGGCGUUCUACGUGCCGCACUGGCUAUGGAAGCUGUCCGAGGGUCGCCGGCUCGCCUCCCUUCUGCAGGAGAUGCACGUGCCUGUGGUGGAUGCCGAGGACCGCUCGACGCGCCUCACUAACACGGUCCGCUACCUGCGCACCUCCCUGGGCUCCUACAGCAGCUACCUGACCCGCUUCGUGCUCUGCGAGCUGCUCAACGUCGCCAACGUCAUCGCCAACAUCUUCAUCACGGAUCGCUUCUUGGGCGGCCAGUUCCUGCGUUACGGACCGCGCGUGCUGUCCCACUUCAUCACGGGCAGCGGCACGAGUGCCAGCCCCAUGAGUGAGACCUUCCCCAAGCUGACCAAGUGCAACUUCCAGCUGGUGGGAGGAUCUGGGAGCGUCGAGACCAUCGACUCGGUGUGCGUGAUGCCGCUCAACAUCCUCAACGAGAAGAUCUACAUGGUGCUGUGGUUCUGGCUUGCGCUGCUGGCCGUGGCCAGUGUUCUGGCCUUCACCUGGCGGGUGGUGACCAUGUCGGCCACGGCUCUGCGCGUGCCCAUGCUGCGGGCCACGGCGCGGCUGGCCGACCCGCGAGACGUGGCCGAGGUGGUCGAGCGGCUGCCGCUGGGCGACUUCUUCCUGCUGACGCUGCUGGCCAAAAACAUGGACUCGGUGGCGUUCCGGCAGCUGAUGUCGGAGCUGGCGCGCGAGCUGGGCCCGGCCAGCGCCAGGGUCAUGGCCACCAUACCCAAGGAGAUCGCCGACUCGCAGACGCUCAUCAGACAGGCUGUCGAGAAACGAGGGGCUGCCGUCGAGUAGCGACUGCCCGGUCUGCACCGGCGGGGGAGCCAGUGCAAUACUCUGACCUUAGGGGGACGCUCAAGGCUCUAGCUCUAGCUUUAGUCGCCAACAGGAAUGAUUGUACAAAUCAGGAAUGACUUAACUCGAAGGCCAACAAUUGGCAAUUGCUGCAGAAUAGCAGUUGCGCAAGUUAUGCAACUAGUUACAUAGCAGGGAAUGAUGCAAAGGUGUGAUGCAUUACCCAUGCCUACCUUACAUAAAAAUAAGUGUUGAAAAUAAAGCACAGAAAUACAA